GGCCAUCGUACCUCCAUCAGCGGGAGAAGAAAGGUGUUAAGUAGAAGGUUCUUGAACACAGCGCAAGCUGUUUAUACACUCCUUUCUUGCCACCACUUUCAAACUUGCAAUGCCCCUCAACUAUUCCAAGUGGGAUCAACUUGAGCUUUCGGAUGACUCUGACAUUGAAGGUCACCCUAAUGUCGAUAAACGAUCUCUGAUUCGUUGGAAACAACGCGAUAUUCACGAAAAACGAGAAUCUCGGAAACACAAGAUUGCCAACCUUCAGGCACAAAUCGAUUGCAACAACGUUCUACUUCCUCGAAUCCGAGAAAUAUAUGAGAACAUCAGUUCUCCAUCUUCCUCUACUCCAACAACUACCUACUUCAACUCCCUUGUCGAGCAGUUAGAAAAGAACCCAUCAAAAGACUGCCCGCCUGGAAACGAUCCAUCCAAGCCGGAACACACAUAUGAUGGCAUGAUUCUGAACUUGCUUCAGCAAGUCAGCACCAAGGCCAAACAGGAAGUUCAGGACGGCUCAGUCCUCGAGAGCGAAAAGCAGGAGAAAUUGGCGAAAGCGCUUGUAGCAGGCAUGAAAUUCCACUGUGAAGAGUUGAAGAAGACAAUCGAUCGAGAUGCUGCGGAAUUAGAUUCGGAGUCGAAGGAGCAAAAGAAACAUAUCACAAGUGAAGAUUUACACGAUGGAUUCAGCAACAAGUAUGUCCCACCGAAGCCCGCCCCUCCCCCAGUCCCAGGCUCAAUCGACAAAAAGACGACGACGACGACGACAGUGACGGACAUAGAAACUUUGAAUGCGGAACCAGGCGAUACUCCAGCUAUUCCUUCCACUUCUGGUGCCUCCGCGGAUGAUGACGAUUUGCUCCCUCAACUCACUCCCACUUUACAAGCCUUUUCCAAGCUCCCACUGUGGGAUUAUCAAGCAUCAUUCAAAUUCAUCCAGGAACACCGUGAUGUAGUUGUCCCUGGUGCUUCUGACGCGCUCCUGGUAGCCGCAUUCGAUGCUCAAAGCAACGGCCAUGCGCGUUACGCGAAACUCUGUGUGCAUCAGAGUCUUCUUCUGCAAUACUGCGAUAAACUGGGGUCUGACGGCGUUGGGAUUUUCUUCAAAAAGAUGGUAUCUGGCGAUAAACGAGCAGAGAAGGUGUUUGUCGAUGAUGUCAAUAACACCUACCUUCACCUUGUCGACCGAGUUAAAAAGUCAAAAGAAGAAAUCGCGAAAGGCAAGGAACAGAUUCAACUUGUGCCUGAGUCUAAAGGCCAGGAGAUUUCUUUCAAUGUACCUUCUGGCCCUCCGCCACCGGAGAUUGUUCUCGAAGGCCCCGGAACUGAGGAUUUAGAUAUCGAGGAAGUACGGAAAGCUCUUCAAUUACGAUGGGAUGUUUUCUCGCAGUUCCCGGAGGAUGUGCAGGUGGCUCUCAAGGAAAAUUCGUUGGAGAAGCUCAACCUGUGCUUGGCUGACAUGGAAAUCGCGGAUGCCGAAAGGGUUGUGCAGGAGCUAGACCUGACUGGUAUCUUGAGCUUUGCUUCCGGAGGCAUACGUGAUGCAACCGGUGAGAAUGAACAGGAAGGUCAAGUGGAAUCGGGAGAACCACAAGCGGCGGAUUGAUAGUCACAUCUUAAUGGGCUCGUAUGUAUGUUGUCAUGGCUGAAUCAAAAUCUUAUUUGUACAUGAGUUGAACUGC